GCGGACUUGCGUCGGAUAAAUGACGUUGUUACAUCACAGAAUAUUUUAAUUUGUAGCAUAUGACUGUUUGUAACUGGGAUGGGUGUGUACUGUGACAGCGGUUAAGAUGGCGACAAUUCGUGUUCUUCAAGGUGGGGAGAUUAACAACAAGUAUUUGGAAGUGGAAGUAGCGCAGGGGCUUGAUUUUACAGAGAUGGAAUGGCUGCUGCGUGCAACUUACAAGCACAUCCAGAGCCGCUUAUUUUAUUUAUUGAGAGAGCACUAUACACACUCGAAGUUUUUGAAAAAGACAGUAAUUAUGUUUAGUCCGCCGCACUAUCGGGUGACCUCAUUGUUCGCUAAAUCUUUUCACGGCUGGACGGAUACAGCACAUAGGUCCGAUAACUUGGAGGACUUACGACGCGCUCUCCCUGUCUGUUCAGGUGCGAAGGCCGGACAGCGGAUCCAGCGGCUGCAUUCGGGAUGGAAUUAUCCUUUGUUUGAUCGUAUGCAUCGUGGGGUGUCAUGCGAAGACACGCGCAACUGCCCGGAGUGCCGAAAAAUUUAUCAAAGCCUUCAACAAUGUAAGGAUUGGAGUUGGAAUCUGCCUGAUGUUUUACCUGAAAGACUGCAUGAAUACAACAUGCUGGUAGGACUGAGCCCCCUUUCUUUCCUUCCGUUGUUCUCGCACGGUUAUUUUACUUCACAACAGGAAUGGCUGAGAACUGCGGAAGUGCCUUCUGGUAGAAAAGAGAAGGACUUGCUGAAUCAUCAGCGCUGCCAUACCCGUGAAGAACAAUUUAAAGUUGCAGUAGUGCUGAGCUGUGGACAUCGUAGCGGCACAGACUUUCUAAACCUGUACUGGGAUGUUGCUAGAAAGGAGAGCCCACCCUGUCCAUGCUGUUUCAACAAGGAUUUUGACAGCGCUUUAUACUGUAAGGAUACCGCUUCGGACUCUGCAUGGACACCCCACACCAGGAGAAGUAUAGAAUGGAUUGUAAAUUUGGAAGGAAAGGCUUCUGACAAGUAUGAAGCAAGUGUGAUGAACUCUGUCUACAAAGGUAUGUCAUCAGAGGUUUGA